CCUGGCCAGCUGGUAUUUUACUGGCCUGGCCGGUAAAAAAUGGUAAAAAGUCGGUAUUUUUUUCCAGAAAAGGUGGCAACCCUAAUUGCAGUUGGGGUGUAUGACUUGUGCAGGAAAUAUUUAAGAGAUUAUGGGUUAGUUAUUGCAGAAUUACAGAGGUUGGAAUGCAGUUGGAUGUAUGAAUUAUGCAGGAGAAAUACUAGGGUCUGAGGGUGAGUUAAAACUCAAUGCAGAAAUUGAGUUGCAGUUGGGGUGUAUGACUUGUGCAGAAGACAUUUACGGGCUGAGGGUCAGUCAUUGCUCAGUACAGAGGUUGGGAGAUAUAGAGGGGACUGAGGGUGAGUUAAAACUCAGUACAGAAUUUAAGUUGCAGCUGGGUUGUAUGACUUGUGUAGGAGAUAUACAGGGGCUGAGGUCAGUUAUUGCUCAGUACAGAGGUUCACUUGCAGUUGGGUGUAUGAUUUAUGUAGGAGAUAUAGAGAGCACUAAGGGUGAGUUAAUGCUCAGUACAGAGGUUGAGUUGCAGUUGGGUGUAUGUCUUGUGUAGGAGAUAUACAGGGCACUGAGGGUCAGUUAUUGCUCAGUAUUGAGGUUGAGUUGCAGUUCGGUGUAUGUCUUGUGUAGGAGAUAAACAGGGGCUGAGGGUCAGUUAUUGGUCAGUACGGAAGUUGAGUUGCAGUUGGCUGUAGAACUCAUGCAGGAGAAAUAUUGGGGACUGAGGGUGAGUUAAUGCUCAGUACAGAGUACAGAGUUGAGUUACAGUUGGGAGUAUGAUUUGUCCAGGAGAUAUAUAGGAGACUGAGGGUCAGUUAAUUGUCAGUACAGAAUUUAAGUUGCAGUUGGGUGCAGGAGAUAUUUUGAGGACUGAUGGUUGAUUGUAUCCACGGGUUCCUCAGACCCCCCUACUACCAUGACUACCGCAAUCCUUGAAUGUAUCAGCACCCUCUCCAUCAGUUUCCAGCAGCUGCGCCGCCUCCCUAGGUUCCUGGAAGGCGGCACCACCAAGAUGCCCUUGACCGUUACGGAUUCAGACGUGCCUCGCCUGUUCCGGGAACCCUAUAUCCAGACAGGGUAUCGACCGACGGACCAAGACUGGAAAUAUUACUUCCUUAGUCUAUUUAAGAAGCACAAUGAAUCUGUCAAUGUGUGGACACAUCUGCUAGUGGCCCUGGCUGUGGUUCUCCGGGUUGUUGCCUUUGUGGAGGCCGGUUCUCUUUCUCUCAAUGUCGUAUCUUUCCCUUUAUAUUUAUACGUGCUAUCCUCGCUCACCUAUCUCACAUGCAGCAUCCUGGCUCAUCUGCUCCAGUCCAAAUCAGAGCUGGCUCAUUACACCUUCUACUUCAUAGACUAUGUAGGAGUAAGCACUUACCAAUAUGGCUGUGCUUUGGCUCACUACUACUACACUUCCAAUGAAGCUUGGUAUGACAAGGCCUGUUACUUCUUCUUACCAGGAGCUGCUUUCUUGGGUUGGCUGUCUUGUGCCGGAUGCUGCUAUGCUAAAUACUCUUAUAAAAGGCCCUAUCCGGUGAUGAGGAAAAUAUUCCAGGUUGUCCCAGCUGGUCUAGCGUACAUCUUGGACAUAAGCCCCGUUGUCCACCGGAUAGUUACCUGCCAUAUGGAAGACUACACAGACAAGGCCGUCUGGUUACACUCUCUACAAAUGAUAUUCUUCAUCAUUGGAGCCUAUUUCUUUUCCUGCCCCGUACCGGAAAAAUAUUUUCCAGGUUCCUGCGAUUUUAUAGGGCACGGUCACCAGAUUUUCCAUGUGUUUCUGGGCCUCUGCACCCUCUCCCAGUUGGAGGCUCUCUUUAUAGAUUAUCAGACCAGGCAGGAGGUUUUUUCUGCCAGAUACAGUUCCAACUACACCUUGAUGUGUUGCGCCUCGUUCUUCUUACUCAUAUUAUGUAGCACCUUCACUGCCGUUUAUGCACGGAGAAGAAUCAAGGAAAAGUUGGCCAGAAAAGAACUUUAAGGCAGGACAGUUUGACCCAAAUCACUUAAUUGGAAGCACUGAUCAACACGAGUAAAAGACACAUUAGAAGACCUGUUCCAGCCAAGUCCGUUUUAUAUAUUGUCAAAUAUAAGAGUUUAUACCUUACCCUCUGAUAAACAUAUUGGGUCAACGGCUGGUCCUUGGCCCACUACGUUUUAUUUAGGGUUCCAUUUUUUUUUAUAUAUAUAUAAAAAAAUGUGGUUGACAUUAUGAAGGCCGUUGGGAACCCCAAGAAUAGAAUCUGCAUGUACAGAGAGAUGUUCCUCAAGGCCUACUGUACCCAUUUGUAUAUUUGGUACUGUUUUGGGGGGGAAGUGAUGUUGUUACUAAGUGUUAUUACGAUCAGAAGUCCACAUAGAUAUGGGACAGCACUGAUGGAAGUCCUGUUAGAGACCAUCAUCUAAUACUGAGUUGUCCUGUUUAAAGGAAACUUGAUGUAUUGAGUAAAAGGCACUUACUAUG